CCUCCCCGGCCCGGUCCGCCCCGGCCCGGCCCGCUGCCAGCUGUUUCUGGCUUUGGCAGCAGAGAGAGGAGAGGAGGACGAGGCCGCUGGUCGGAGUCAUGAAGCGGCAGCUGGAGAUCGCCGCCCUCGGCGUGGCCGCCGCAGGUUGGCUGGCCGCCGUCCUCACUCGCUGCCUGGCGCUGUGGACGGUCAGCGGGACGCUCAACAACCAGACAGCCAGCCUGCCUGCCUACUGGGAUGGAGUGUGGCUACAGUGGGAUCACUGGGAUCUGGCCCACGACGGCAGCCUGCACUGCUCUUUCUACCAAUCCCUGAUGUCUCUUUCUGGAAGUUUUCGCACGUGGAGGGCUCUCAUCAUGGCCGCCAUUGGAGUCGGGGGCUUCGCCAUGGUGGUCGGAGGAGUGGGGCUGGUUUGGUUCCCCGGGAGGGGCCAGAUCAAGGUGUUUUCUGGGAGUUUUUUCAUCCUGGCUGGGAUCCUGUUGCUGGUUCCCACCGCCUGGACGUGCCACCACACCAGCCAGCCACUAGAGGGCGCGGUGCCGCUCAGGAGAGACUGGGGACCUGCUCUGUAUCUCGGAUGGAUCUCCUUCGCAUUGAUGCUGGUCGCCGGGGUAUUUCUGACCACCAGGUGCCCCACCGCUGGGGUUCAGGAGGGGCAGCCUGGCGGCGGCCUGAGCCGGGAUGAGGAGGCCAGCAACCCGCUGAGCACCAUCAACAGAACCGCGUUCACAAACAGCCAAUACAACCGCAGGUCACCGCCCAUCUGACCGAACUGGACCGCACAGCAGAACCAAUGAACAGUGAAAUUAAUGCUCUCAGGAAAACUUCUGACUGCACUUUUUUUUUUUUUUUUUAAAGAUGUAAAGGGUUAGAAUUAACUUAAAUGAGCAGAACUGCACAUACUUUAUUAACAGGGGUGAGUUUUGCUGUGUUUUCUUCUACUUUAACAAACUCUCUGUCUUUCUUUAUUAUUUCUACCCGAGUAAAACAAACAGUGACGUGUUUCUACGUACAACGGCUCUCGGAUAUUGAGAAACGAUCAUUUCCUGGAUGCGUUUCCACUUCAGAUGAGCGCAAAACUGUCAAUAUAAUGUAAAAAAAAAGAAAAAAAAAAGGUUAAUUUUGCAAUUGACUGCGAAGAAGGAAGUGCUGAUCACAGCAGAAAAUCGACUCAUCGUUUACUAUGAUGGAGCAUUAGGACUAUUGAGGAUAGAAAAGAAAGUAGGAGCAAAUUUCCAUCAAAAACUCAGAAAUUUAGAGAUUAAUCUUAGAAAUUGUCUACAAAAACCCUGGAAUUUCUGAGCUCAAUUUUCAAAAGUCCAAAUUUUUACAUUUUAGAGCUCAGAAAUGUAACAGUUCCUUCUAGAAAAUAUGUGAAAUUAAUCUCAAAAUUUGAGUUUUUUUUCUUGCACAUCUUUGACUUUUAGAGCUCUGAAAUUUACAACUUUUUUCUGGAACAGUGGUGACCAACGUGGGUCCUGGAGGCCCGGCAUCCUGGUGCUUUAGUUCUCUCCCUGGUUUAACACACCUGGAUCCAAUGAUGGCUCGUUAGAAGAAUAAGCCGAACUUGCUGAGAAGGUUGUUACCAUCACCAGGGAGAGAACUAAAACAUGUCGGAUGCCGGCCCUCGAGGACCGACUUUGGACACCCCUGUUCUAAAACAUUCUGAGAUCUAAAAAUUUUCUUGCUAAUUCUUUUGCUUUUGGGCAGAAAUGUACUCCUUUCUUUUUCUAUCCACAAUUUCCCUAACACACCGUCAAAUUCCCCCCCCCCCCAACUUCUCUUUCUGCUUUCUGAUUGGCUGGUUGAAAUUCUACCGGAGGAAUCCAAGUGAAUGGGAGAAAAGCCAGAAUAUGCUGUGAAGCGAGAUUUAAUCGUUCAGUUUUGUUUAUUUCUUGAAUCCAAACAUACCACAGUAAUAAACUAAACUCUGUUUAGUGUUGCUAUGACAACACCAAACAUUGUUGGAUAAUUUCAUAUGACUGCAAAGUAAACUCUUUAAAACAAACUACUGUUUGCAGAGAUGGGUAGCAACUAGCUACAUUUACUUGAGUAACUUUUUGGGAAAAUAUACUUUUAGAAGAAUUUUACUACCUGUACUUUUUAGUUUUACUUGAGUAAUUUUACUAUGAAGUGUUGCUACUUUAGUAAAAUUUCUGUGUUCUCUACUGUUCAACCUUAUUUUACCCAAAAGUUUUAUAUUGAAAUAAUUAGAUUUGUAACAAUAUUUAUAUGAAUUGUUUUCAUUUUGGUUUUACAAACAUUUCCACAUAACUUUACAUUUUGGUCCAUCUGAUGAUGUAAAUUUGAAAUAUCAAAUACUUUUUCUUGGACAGCUACUUUCUUCUCGAGUAAAAACAUGUUGAAGUAGUUCUACUUUUUACUAGAGUAUAAUUUUUGGCUUCUCUUCUGAUCUGCAGACUAAACUGAAUCAGACGUGAUGGAAACAGUUUGAAGAGGGAUUAGUGAAGGAUUUAUUCGUUUUUACAGCAGAGCAAUAAACUUUAGACCAAAUAGAUCUGCUCAGAGUUUCAUUUUCCCUGCAGUUGAACAAAAUGACGACUGAUAAAAUUCAUCCAUUUCGUAUAUUUGAUCUCAGACUGUUGUGUUUGGCUGAACUGGAAUCAGACGCAGUGCGACAGAAACUCAAGGCGUGUUGGAACACGACCCAAAGCACAAACAGGAAGGGCGGCGUUCAGUUGCCGUUUUGUUCCCUGAAUCAAAGUCGCAGCCUUUAAAAAAAAGCACAAAAGUUUUGAAAUUAUACUUGUAUAUUUCUGCAGCUUUACGGUUCCUCUGUGUUUCUUUAAAUCUGAUUUCAUGUAGAAAAUCUGCUGGAUUUAACCUCGACUUUUCAGACUCUGUCAAAUGUCGACGUAGGAUGUAAAACAAUAACAAAUGUAUUUUAUUUAGUCAUCAACUCAUCCAAAUUUAACACCGACAGCCAAAGAAGCCUGACUCUUUAAAACUUUCUGCUUCAACUUUAAAUGAAACAAAAUCAUUUUAAACUUCAGAUUUAAAAUUGUUUAGUAAAAUCAUCAUGUCUGUUUUUCCUUUUAGCUUUGUGUGUUGAUUCUGCUUCAGAAGAUGCAAAUAAACAUCUGAUUUUCCA